AUGCCACCCAGAACUCAAAUUAAAGAGAUCAACAGCGACGCGGAUUCCAAAAUGCUUCCGACUUCUAGAUCAGCUAAUAAGGCCAGGAAUGCGGUUGCGAUUGCUGCUCAACAGGAGAUUCUCUCAAAACAUAUCCAUUCCAACGGCCCGAACGACAAGCCGAAAAUUGACGCAUUGGACUUUACAACCCUAAAUGUCAGCUCGUUGAAUAAAUAUAAUCGCAAGUAUGCAUUGAAUUUACCGGCGAUUCGAACGUUGAAUGAAGAUAUACUUCUCUCCGCACUUGGUAAGAAAACCUACUCCUCGAAAAGACUGACUCAAGAGCAUAAAAUUUCAAAGCCAGAGAUAGCAUCUCAUUGCCAAAAGCAUUUCAUGGCUUCUCCAUGUCGCGAAAAUGAGAUAAUUUCAAACUUCUUGUAUAAAGUCAAGAAUGAGGACAAGGAGUUCAAACUUACGUUUUGA